UUUUUUAGAGUGUAACAAAUAAGCCUUAAAUUAAAUUAAAUUAAAUUAAACACAUUCCAGAGGAUUUUGUGGAUCUGGCAUCCCUUCCGGUAAUGCUGCAGUGACCCUCCUCAUCGCUGGAUGUCGCUGAUGUCCCAGUAACGCGACCCCUCCCUUUGCCCAAACUCUUCUGCUCUUUUUAAACCUGCCCAAAGGGUGUGUUUUUAGGACUGUAUAUCCAUACCCCGCUUCAGACAGAGAGAGGAUAUUAAAUCGGACUGAGAUGAUCAGACAGACCGGCAACGAACAUCGAUCAGAUCCUUAAAGAGACAGUCACGCGCUCCGCCGCAGACAGCAGCGUCACUCGUAACGUUACUUCAAGCGACUUUUCGCGUUGUUCGUACCGGACGGGACAGCAGGAUCCGAUGUCGAGAUGAUGAAGGGCAAAAAUGCUUAAUCGGAACCGUUGGACAGCAACUCUCUCCGGCAUGUUUUGGAGUUUGAAUGUCAUUGAACGUCCUCUCAGAAACGGCGCGUGUACGAGCUGGCCACGAGGAUGCUGUUGACGUUGGAGGAAGAAAACAAACAUUUCGAUAUAUUAGACAGAGUACAGUCGGUGUCCUAAAGAGGAUAUUUUACACGAGUAACGUUACACUUAUCUGCCUUCAUUCUUGUGUUUUAGACAGGAGGAGGAAGAGGGUGACAUUGAGGAUGUGGAAGUUCCUGUCAGGGUUAAUCUAAAGUGUAUUUAUAUUUCCUGGUUUGCAUUGCUUAUCUCACCUGGUAGGGGUGUGCUGCUCAGGUGCAAAAGCCAGGAAGUGUGAACAUCGAGCGCCUUUUUUUUGCGGCCACAACAUGAUGCAGGGAUUAUCUGGUCAGCUACAUAUAGUAUUGACUCGGUAUAUUAUAUUGGUUAGAUAAUAUCGUGUCAGUCGUGUAUAUCAGGUCUCGGGUUACUCUAUCGAACAUGGAUCUUCUCACACGCACAACUUUCCUCCUCUUCGUUCUGCUGGUGGUCAGUUCGAUGCCCCUCGGGGGUCACGCGAGCUCUCCGGAGAGGAACUCCGUUCCCGGUAACGCGAGUGAUCACAGCAGCAACGGGGCCUCGAAACACGGAGACCAAACUCACAAUGUCAGCCAGCACACGAAAAAGCCUUUCCCGGUUUUGUCGUUUGACUAUGAGCAUGUGCAAGUGCCCUUUGAGAUCUCUUUAUGGGUGCUGCUGGCCUCCCUCAUGAAAUUAGGGUUUCAUCUGAUUCCCAGAGUGUCCGGUAUCGUGCCUGAAAGCUGUCUGCUCAUUGUGGUGGGUCUGCUGGUUGGUGGUCUUAUAAAGUUGGUGGGCGAGAAAUCUCCAGUGCUGGAGUCCAAGGUCUUCUUCUUCUACCUGUUGCCUCCCAUAAUCCUCGAUGCUGGCUAUUUCCUGCCUAUACGGCCCUUCACGGAGAACCUGGGCACCAUCCUCAUGUUUGCAGUGGUAGGAACCUUGUGGAACUCCUUCUUCAUUGGUGGUGCCCUGUACGGGGUCUGUCAGCUGGAUUAUUCUAACCUGGGGCAGGUGGACCUUCUGUCGUGUCUGCUGUUUGGCUCCAUCAUCUCGGCUGUAGACCCGGUGGCCGUUUUGGCUGUAUUUGAAGAGAUCCACAUUAAUGAGCUGCUCCACAUCUUGGUGUUUGGUGAAUCUCUGCUGAAUGAUGCAGUCACUGUGGUUUUGUACCAUCUGUUUGAGGAGUAUUCGAAAGUGGGCAGAAUCACCGUCCCAGAUGUGCUUCUGGGCAUCGUGUGUUUUCUGGUGGUGUCUUUGGGUGGCAUCGUGGUGGGCGCCAUAUACGGCUUCCUGGCGGCGUUCACGUCACGCUUCACCUCUCACACCCGAGUCAUCGAGCCUCUGUUUGUCUUCGUCUACAGCUACUUGGCAUACCUCUCUGCAGAGGUCUUCCACCUGUCGGGCAUUAUGGCUCUAAUCGCGUGUGGUGCUGUGAUGCGUCCUUACGUGGAGGCCAACAUAUCCCACAAGUCCCACACCACCAUUAAGUACUUUCUGAAGAUGUGGAGCAGUGUUAGCGAGACUCUCAUCUUCAUCUUCUUGGGUGUGUCCACUGUGGCCGGGAACCACAACUGGAAGUGGUCCUUUGUGAUCUCUACGGUCAUCCUCUGUCUGGUGGCUCGUGUUAUGGGUGUUGUCGGCUUGACCUUCCUGAUCAACAAGUUUCGUAUAGUGAAACUGACACAAAAAGACCAGUUUAUCAUCGCUUAUGGAGGCCUAAGGGGUGCGAUCGCCUUCUCUCUGGUUUACCUCCUGGACGUUGUUCAUUUCCCAAUGAAAAACAUGUUCCUCACAGCCAUCAUCACCGUCAUCUUCUUCACUGUGUUUGUGCAGGGUAUGACCAUUCGACCACUGGUUGAUCUCCUGGCAGUGAAGAAGAAACAGGAGACAAAGCGAUCUAUCAAUGAAGAGAUUCACACACAGUUUUUGGACCACCUGUUGACGGGCAUCGAGGACAUCUGUGGACAUUAUGGACAUCAUCAUUGGAAAGACAAGCUGAACCGCUUUAAUAAGAAGUAUGUGAAGAAGUGUCUGAUAGCAGGAGAGCGUUCAAAAGAACCACAGCUCAUUGCCUUCUACCACAAGAUGGAGAUGAAGCAGGCCAUCGAGCUGGUGGAGAGCGGCGGAGGAUCCAAACUGCCCUCUGCUAUGCCAUCCACCGUAUCCAUGCAAAACAUCCAACCCAAGAAGCCGAUUGAAGAUCGAGCGCUGCCUCAACUCUCAAAGUCCCGCGAGGAGGAGAUCAGAAGCAUCCUGCGUACCAACCUGCAGAAGACCCGUCAGAGACUGCAGUCGUAUAAUCGACACACACUGGUGGGCGAUCCGUACGAGGACGGAUGGAACGAGAUGCUCCUCAAACGCAGAAGGAUAAAGGAGAUGGGAAAGAGGAAUAAUUACCUCACCGUUCCAGCUCCGCCCCCUGAUUCACCAACCGUUGCUCGGGCACGUUUAGCUUCUGACCCUCACGCCUGGGGCAAACCCAUGACCCGCGAGAGCAUCCCCGUUAUCAAGGUGGACCUGGCAUCUCCGCUGUCUCCGGAGUCGGUCAAUGUGGUGAAUGAGUUGAGUAAGAAGAGCGCUGAGCAGGAGAAUGAAGAAGAGGCCGGUCUGAUGAUGAAACCCCCUUCUCUCGCCAAGAUAAAAGACGAGACGGGCAACGGGGAUGACAAAGAACCACAGCAGCGUCUCCAGCGGUGUCUGAGCGACCCGGGGCCCUGCCCUGAGGAAGAGGAGGACGAACCCUUCCUCCCUUAAUCCAGCAGCUCAUCAUUGUUAUUAUUGGAGGAUAAGGGGGCUCUAUUAGAUGGAGAGCAUCUUUAAAUCAAACUACGACAGGACGACUUUUAGCAGGAAGCCAAAAUGAGAACUUCAGGAAGAGAAAUGAGAUGAACCAAAAUAAAGAAAUUAAAGGAAGCGAUCAAAACAAGCCAUUUAUAGUUUAUUGCAUCUUUUUCUUUUUGAUCAUUACACCGUGUCGUAACCAGAAGCAGCACGGCGAUGAUUAAACCACACAGAUUAAAGUUAAGAGCUUUAGGAAACCCCUGCUGACACCUGAAAAUCUCCAGCGGUUUGUUUGUCUUCUGUAUGGGCUUGAAUGCUUUUUUUGUUCCUGUAUGUAUGCAGUGUUAAAUGAAUGAAUAUACCUGUGAGCACAGCCAUAAUACACAUGUGUGCAAAAUGCUUUUAAAAAUUUAAAUAAAUGUCAUUAAAUGUGAAAAGUCAGACAGCCGGGCAUGUUUUAUCUCUGCUUUUUCUGGUCUUCAUGUCCGGUUAAAUUAAUUCCUGACUUGGGUGUAAUCGUGUUGCAUCGCUCCUGGUUAAGACACGGUGUAGAUAAAUGUUGCUUUCCCUGUGUUUCCUCUGAUGAAUGAGGGGAUGAGAUCUAUGCAUUACCAAAGGAUUGGCACUGUUUAGUUUCGCACUAUAUUCAGGUGAAAUCUUUUUAAAUCAUCAAUGCCUUCAUGAGUUUUUUUUGUGUGUGUGUGUGUGUGUUUGCACACAUGAAUUGCCUUACUUUUCUUUGUGAAUCUCAUGGUUUCUGUUUGAUCUCGAUGGAUUUUACACUUCAGGAGCAAUAUGAAAGCGGACACAUUAUUGCCUUUGUAUAUUUAUCAGUCCGACGGGGCACAUUAAGAGAGUUUGUUUGACACGUGCAAGACCAUUAUGGUGAUGUAUCUUAACAACUGAACUGUUUUGUGUUCGCUCAUACUUUAUGUAAUAUCAAAGAUUAUUUGUUAAUUAUUCUGCUUUCCCUUUAAAUGCACUUGGGCGCACGCUGAAAUGAUCUGGACCAUCUUUAAAGGACCGGUUUACUAAACAAAAAAAAAAUCUGUUACUAUUUACUCAAUGUCAUGUAGUUUCAAAGCUGUUUGCUUGAAUUUUUUGUGCGUUUUUUUUUUUUUUUGUUUUUUUUUUUUUUUU